AGUCAGGUCGAGCUAGGCUAGAAGCCGGCUGUCAGUCUCCGUGUAGCCGCUGCAGCCGCCCGGCGCCGUGGAGCUGGGACCCCCUUUCGCCUGGGAGUUUUGUGGUCGCAUCGGGUCAGCGGUGACAUCCCAGCGGGCAGGCCCGGCAGCUGCCAUGGUAGCCAAGGAUUACCCCUUCUACCUCACGGUCAAGAGAGCGAACUGCAGCUUGGAAGUACCCCCGGCCAGCAGUCCAGCCAAGGACUCCGAGGAGCCUAGUAAUAAACGAGUCAAACCUCUUUCCAGAGUCACAUCCCUAGCAAACCUCAUCCCACCCGUGAAGGCCACACCGUUAAAGCGCUUCAGCCAAACCCUGCAGCGCUCCAUCAGCUUCCGCAGCGAGAGCCGCCCUGACCUCCUCGCCCCCAGACCCUGGUCCAGAAAUGCCGCCCCCUCGAGCACGAAGCGGAGAGACAGCAAGCUAUGGAGUGAGACCUUCGACGUGUGCGUCAAUCAGAUGCUCACGUCCAAGGAAAUCAAACGUCAGGAGGCCAUCUUUGAGCUUUCUCAAGGAGAGGAAGAUUUAAUAGAGGACCUGAAAUUGGCAAAAAAGGCCUAUCAUGACCCCAUGCUGAAACUCUCCAUAAUGACAGAACAAGAGUUGAAUCAAAUUUUUGGAACACUGGACUCCCUGAUUCCUCUACACGAAGACCUCCUUAGUCAGCUUCGAGAUGUACGGAAGCCCGAUGGCUCAACUGAGCACGUCGGCCCCAUCCUUGUGGGCUGGCUGCCUUGUCUCAGCUCCUACGACAGCUACUGCAGCAAUCAAGUAGCUGCCAAAGCUCUGCUGGACCACAAAAAACAAGAUCACCGAGUUCAAGAUUUCCUACAGCGAUGUUUAGAAUCCCCCUUUAGCCGCAAACUAGAUCUCUGGAAUUUCCUUGAUAUUCCAAGGAGCCGUCUGGUGAAAUACCCUCUGCUUCUUCGAGAAAUCUUGAGGCACACACCAAAUGAUAAUCCGGAUCAGCAGCACCUGGAAGAAGCUAUAAACAUCAUUCAGGGAAUCGUGGCAGAAAUCAACACCAAGACUGGAGAAUCUGAAUGCCGUUAUUAUAAAGAGCGACUUCUUUACUUGGAGGAAGGCCAGAAAGACUCCCUGAUUGACAGCUCAAAGGUGCUGUGUUGUCAUGGCGAACUGAAGAACAACCGGGGUGUGAAACUACACGUUUUCCUGUUCCAAGAAGUACUUGUGAUCACUCGGGCUGUCACCCACAACGAGCAGCUCUGCUACCAGUUGUACCGGCAGCCCAUCCCCGUGAAGGACCUCCUGCUGGAAGACCUGCAGGACGGAGAAGUGAGGCUGGGCGGCUCCCUGCGUGGGGCGUUCAGCAACAAUGAGAGAAUUAAAAACUUCUUCAGAGUAAGUUUCAAAAAUGGAUCCCAAAGUCAGACCCACUCAUUACAAGCCAAUGACACCUUCAACAAACAGCAGUGGCUCAACUGUAUUCGUCAAGCCAAAGAAACAGUUCUGUGUGCUGCAGGGCAGGCUGGGGUCCUUGACUCCGAGGGACCAUUCCUAGAUCCCACCACCGGGAGCAGGGAGCCACAGGGAGAAACAAAACUUGAGCAGAUGGACCAAUCGGACAGUGAAUCGGAUUGUAGCAUGGACACAAGUGAGGUCAGCCUUGACUGUGAACGCAUGGAACAGACAGGCUCUUCCUGUGGGGAUAGCAGGCAUGUUGAAAGCAACGUCUGACAGAAGCAUGUACUUCCUGGAAGUAGUCCUGUGUCUUACCUGUACAGUAUUUGCAUUCCACACAUGGAACGGUUUGGAGAAGCACUUUUUAAUACUUUUGUGACUGUGUUGACCCAGUCCUGUCUGUACUUUUUUGUCCCUAGUACUGUAACUGCCAGUCUGUGUCAGCUGGAAUCUGUGGCAACUGUUACCCUGUGUUGUAUUUCACAAGUGUCUGGAUGGAUGGAGAAGUACUUGAACAAGUUACUUUCACUUGUCCUGCUGGAUUUUAAAAAACAGAAAGAAAACAAUCUCUAAACUACUGUUUCAUGUAGAUUAAAGGGUCCUUCCAUGUUUCUCUAGUGCUUUUCUGGCUCUUUGACAGGGUAGCUGAAGGCAUGAAAUUUAAAGGGCCUUGAAAACAGGGCAUGAGGAAGUUACUUGUGUAUCAUGAUGGCAUUUGAAGGAGAAACGGGAAAGAUCAGUGUUUCAAGUUAAAUUGGUUCAAUGUCAUCCAACCAAAAAGCAUGAAAACAUCCCUGGGGAUUCUGAAGGUUUAAUUUUACAAAGGAAGAAGCACUGUCUUGACCUUGCAAUUUCAUCCAGUACAAAUUUGAUGCAAUAAUCUAUUAGGACAUGAAAUAAGAGUCUGACCUUAAAAGGAUCAACGCAAAAACCACUGUCAGCUCUGAAUCUUGAACUGAAAUGUGCAUUGCAUCAGAAGGUCUCUGCCAUGGAUGCUGGCUGGCCUUAAAGAGCCAUUUCUAGCCUAAAAUAUCAUAAUAUAACUCAAAGGGCCUGGGAAAACCUGGCAGGAUAGCAAAAAGACCCAUCUUCUCUUUGUUUCAUCUGCUUAGGCCUACUC